AUGAUAGACACAUCUAUUGAAUUUGAAAAUCUCAAUGAAAAAUUUGCUCCCGGCUGCACCCGAAACGUCCCCGUCACCUGGCCUGGCAUCGGGACCACGCUGGGCGUCACCAUCUACAACCACCUGCUCUACGUCUUGCCCGCCGCCGUGGGCCAGUGGCUAUGGAGGCCGCCCACGCCGCUCCCCUGCCAGGCGCACACUCUCUGGGAGUUCUCCUUGGGGAUCCUGGGCUGCGUGGUGGUCUUCGAUUUCCAGUAUUACCUCUGGCACCUGCUGCACCACCGCGUCCCGUGGCUGUACCGCACCUUUCACGGUGUGCACCACGAGUACCGCCGCCCGUUCAGCCUGGUCACGCAGUACCUGUCCAGUUGGGAGCUGGUCAGCGUUGGCUUCUGGGCAACGGUGGACCCAGUUCUGCUGCGGUGUCACUGCCUCACCGCGUGGGGCUUCAUGGUCUUCAACAUCUACGUGUCCACCGAGGACCACUGCGGCUACGACUUCCCGUGGUCCGUGUGCAACCUGGUGCCUUGUGGCCUCUGGGGGGGCGCCCCCAAACACGACGCCCACCACCAGUGGCCUACCACCAACUUUGCCCCCUUCUUCUCCCACUGGGACCGGCUGGGCGGUACCCACGCAGUGCCACCCACACAGAUGCGGCGGCAAUUCUAA